CGGUUGGUGGGUUAGGUUGGAAAGUAGCAAGAGGUUUUUACGGGUUUGUGCGGUCGGAUUCGGAGAUUGGUUUUGGGCCCGUCGGAAACCGAAUCCGACCGAAUCUAAGGUUAUUUUUAUGGCUAGGCCCAAUCUAAACAGAAAUCUAAGGUUCAUUCCUAUAGUUAGAGAUGUGGUAUGAAUCUCACUUUUUCAUACGCACAAAAUAUUCGAUGUAUCCACAGAGAACUAACAAAAAACCAAGACUCUCUCUCAGUCUCAAAUCUCAAUUCAUUAGUUCCACUUCUUCGUGAGAUUCAUACGCACAAACAGCAACGUUACUCCGCUAGGGUUCAUCAUUCUCUCAGUUCGUGGUUUCAUCGUUUAACGAAGAACCGUCGCCGUCCAUUAUUCAACCACAAAUCACCACCGAGCUUGUUAGAUCAAGGAGUUGGAUGAGUCCUGCCGCCAAUGGAGCGCGACAAAAGUAGCUUGCAAGGAGUUGGAGUUCCUAGCUUGCAAGGAGUUGGAGUUCCUAGCGGAGUUGUAGAUCAAGGAGUGAGUCAAGGUAAUGCCAUCACCUGUCAUUUUUAUACUGAGUGUUUGUUUAAUAAGUGAUACAUGUUAUGCUGUCAUUUUUAAAUGUAUGAAUUAUAGGAGCAGCUGCUGGUACUGCACUCCCUCCACUUCGAAAAAGGAAACUUAAUGCUAGUGGUAGUAGAAAAACUUCUACGGUUUGGGAAGAGUUUAACAUUUUACCGGAUGAGCCUGAACCUAUAGCCGCGUGUAAACACUGUCAUAAAAGGUACCGAUGUGACCCUAAAACACAUGGUACUUCUAACAUGCUAGCUCACUCGAAAGUGUGUUACAAAAACCCUGCCCUUUUGUUGAAAGACCCCAAUCAGACAAACCUUGUAAGCGGCGAGGGUGGGUUUUUAGUUCCAACUAGUCAAAGGUUUAAUGCUGCAGCCUGUAGGAAGGCCAUUAAUACCUUUGUUAUCCUUGAUGAACAUUCCUUUAGAGUGGUUGAGGGUGUUGGUUUUAAGCAAAUGUGUAAACAAUUGCAACCCCAAAUGGCUAUCCCUACUAGGAGGACCGUUGCUAGGGAUUGUUUUCAGCUUUACCUAGCUGAAAAGUCACGUCUUAAAGCCUUUUUUAAAUCUGAUUGUACUAGGGUUGCACUAACCACAGACUGUUGGACUUCGAUACAAAACCUUAGUUAUAUGGCCACCACUGCACACUUCAUUGACACUGCUUGGAAGUACCAAAAAAAAUUAUUAGUUUCUCUUUAGUUCCAAAUCACAAAGGUGAUACCAUUGGCAUGAAAGUCGAGGACGUUUUGAGGGAAUGGGGGCUUAGGAAAGUGUCUACAAUUACCCUGGAUAACGCAACAGCAAAUGAUGUGGCUGUGAGUUAUUUGGAUAGAAGACUUAAGAGCAAGAAUGCUUUACUGGGUGUAGGUGAUUAUUUGCAUAUGAGGUGUGCUGCCCAUGUCUUGAACUUGGUAGUGAGAGAUGGUGAAAAAGAACAUGAAGGGUCUAUUGAAUCAGUUCGCACUGCUGUUAGGUUUGUAAGGUCUUCUCCACAAAGAGCUAUGAAGUUUAAGGAGUGUGUUGAACUUGCGGGCAUAACUUGUAAAAAAAAACUUUGUCUUGAUGUUUCUACAAGGUGGAAUUCCACUUACCUAAUGUUGGAUGCUGCUGAAAAGUUUGAAGCUGCAUUUGACAAUAUGAUUGAUGAGGAUCCUGGAUACAUCGAAUAUUUUGACCUCCUUACCGGUCCACCCGGUUCUCAGGAUUGGAAAAAAGUUAGGGCUUUUGUGGUUUUCUUACAAACCUUCUAUGAGGCAACCAAAGUGUUUUCAACUUCGCAAGAAGUGUCCUUGCAUUUAGCUUUUCAUAACUUGUCUUCAAUUUUGUGUGAGCUUCAAGAAGCUUCAUUUAACUUGAAUUCUUAUGUGGCUCCAAUGAUUUCACAUAUGAAGGUUAAAUAUGAUAAGUAUUGGGGGGAUGUGGGAAAAGUGAAUCAUUUUCUUUACUAUGGAGUGAUCUUUGAUCCUAGGUUUAAGUUUAACUAUAUUGAGUGGUCUUUUAAUGAUAUGUAUGGGCAUUCUAGUGACCUUGCCAAGAAAAAUAUUGAAUGUGUCAAAACUAGUUUGUUUAAACUAUAUAAUUGGCAUAAAUCUGAUCAUGAUAAGAAUGUUGGGGCUAGUCCUUUAAGUGCACCAGGGAGCACUUCCCUUGGAGAAGCAUCUUCCCAACCAAAAGAACCAUCACCUUUUACAAGGGCUAAUGCUUUUAAGAAACAUCUGAAGGAAAAAGACACAAUUGAAAAUGAAAAUGAACUAGAGAAGUACUUAGGUGACCCUUGUUGCGGGGAGGGGGAAAAUUUUAGUAUUCUUAAUUGGUGGAAGGAAAAUUGCACCCGUUAUCCUAUAUUAGCAACCUUGGUUCGGGAUGUGUUGGCAACACCUGUUUCUAGUGUAGCCUCAGAAAGUGCUUUUAGCACGGGGGGGAGGAUUUUAGAUAUCUAUAGGAGCUCUUUGAGUCCAGAUAUGGUCGAAGCGCUUAUAUGUACUCAAAACUGGUUGAAGCCUUCUGACAAUGAUCUAAAUGUCCUUAAUAUGACUGAAGAAUAUGAGAUUAGUGAAUCAAUUGUUUCAGAGUUUCAAGUAGCUACUGGUGGAGCAGUUGCUCCUACACAGGCUGGGCCUGUUUAAUUCUCGCCUAGCUGUGAAUUUUUGAAUAUUUUGGAGUCACUUUGUGAUUCAAUAAGACAAGCCUUUCUUUUUUGGAGUCAUUUUUUGAAACUAAGGAUGGAACCGUUUCAGUAGCUACUGCGUUUGCUGGUCAUCAGGCACGUUGUCUUGGGCUUAUGCAAUUGUUCUUACCGAAGUACACAAACAUAAUGUCACUUGUAUUUCUUUUGCAUUUGUGCUCAAGCUUACAAACUGAGUUUGAAUACUGCAUGUUAUGCUAAUCUGUUUUUGGUGGUGCAGUAUACUGGGAUGAUGUUACUUGAGGAGAUGGCCUGUGUAAUGUUCUCUUGCCUGUGUUGUUAGUUCUGUGCCUUCUCAUUCAAGUUCCAUUGAGUGUGUUGGGUUCGCACCAAGACAGGACGAGUUCAGCUUGUGCCUAGGUCAAGAGGAGGUGAAGAACAGUCUCUAGGGCGUUCAAGAUUUGGUACUGGAAAUGCAGGUCAGGGGUAUACUUUUGAAGAGGUCAAGGUUCUUUUUCUAGUAGUUAUGGACCUCUGUCGCCGAACUUCUGGUCUGCAACACCCCUUGCCAGUUUCUCAGGUGGGGAGCAGCAACAUUCAGGUUCGUUUGCAUUAUAUUGAUGGGAACUACACUGUACUGCCAGAGGUUGUGGAAGCAUCCCUUGGCCCACAUAUGCAGGUAACUUUCUG